CUCUCUCUUCGUCUCUCUCUUCUCCCUCCUUUGCAUUUAUAUAUACACCUAGCUGCAUUAUCAGGCCUAAUUUCUCUCUCUCUCUCUCUCUCGAUUGUGUGUCUUGCGGCCGAAGUCAUCUGCACCUUCAUUUGUUGAUCGUUUCAUCUGAUGUUCCAUUGCUGAUAUACAAGAGAGAGAGAGAGAGAGAGAGAGAGAUCAUGAGUUGCAAUGGAUGUAGAGUUCUUCGAAAGGGAUGCAGUGAAAACUGUAUCCUUCGGUCAUGCUUGCAGUCCAUCGACUCCCCCGAUUCUCAAGCUCACGCCACCCUCUUCGUCGCCAAGUUCUUCGGCCGCGCCGGUCUCAUGUCUUUCAUCUCCUCCGUCCCCUCAAAUCAAAGACCCGAUUUGUUCCAAUCCCUGUUGUUCGAAGCGUGCGGGAGGACGGUGAACCCAGUGAACGGAGCGGUGGGGCUUCUAUGGACUGGGAACUGGCACGUGUGCCAGGCGGCGGUUCAGACAGUCCUCCGUGGCGGCACGUUGCGGCCGAUCCCUGAGUUCCUCGCCGACGAGACUUCGGAAGCUGAAGUCACAUGUACAGACAUGUUUAAGCUUAACCAAGAUCCAGAACCUAAGUCACGAUCGAAUGACCAAUUGGGCAAUCUUAGGCUCAGUUUAACGCCAUGUUCAUCAUCGCGAGGCGGCGGCAGCGGAGGAGCACUGAAUUUUCAGUCCUCACCUAAAAAGCGGCGACCCGGGACACCAUCGAUGAAUUCAGAAGAAUCUGUGACGACUACUUGUUUCCAAAGCGGUGGUUUUCGAGACGCUUUUGCACAACGAGGAGGAGGAGGAAAGCUUUUAAACUUGUUCAACUAAUUUAAUUUGGUAGUAUAAUAUUCUUCUUUUGUCGACUUCAUUUUUUUGUGUUUGGGGGGAAAGGGCUUCCCCGGAAUUACAGUUCCGGCGAGUUUUUUUUUGGUAAAUCACGGCCACAAGAUUUCCUUGUUCGGAUCCAAACAUGGAAAAAUGAAAGUUUGCCGGUGAUGCUUUCUUUUGUAGUUUAUGGCUUUGGGCAUCAAUAAAUGAAUUGUUUUUGUUUUC